UGUGGAGAAUUUGAUUGUAGUUCAUUCAUGGACACUGCGGUGGGUUCCUAAGGAAACGGGGAAAUUUAUGUUGAUUUUAGGACUCUAAACUUUGUAGAGCUGAACCGCGAACAAGGCAGAAUCACUUGUUCACACUGGGAUAACGGGGAAGGCUUGGAAACUUCUGGAGUCUUUAAAAACAUUUCUGCAUAAUUUCAAGGCCCAGGAGCCGCGGAACACAGGAGUACAACAGCCCGCCGUGGAUGGCUGAUCUCCCGGGGAACGUCUCACCAAUGCGGCGCUGAUCAACUUUAGCAAAACGUAGAUUUUUGGGGGGUACAGUCACUGCCAUCGUGAGAUCCGCUCUCAGGGACGAUGUCACACGCCGGGGCUCCACCUCGAUGGCGAAACUGUCCAAGAAGGGGUCAACCUGUAGCAGGCAAGUUUUUGCCAAUGAAGACAAUGCUAGGGCCCAAAUAUGAUGACUUAGUCCCAGAGGAAUGCCGGUUCCACCCCAGCAUGCUGUCCAACUAUCUGAAGAGUCUGAAGGUCAAAAUGGGACUGCUCAUCGAUUUAACGAACACGACGCGGUUUUACGACCGGAAUGAAAUUGAGAAAGAAGGCAUCAAAUAUGUGAAGCUUCAGUGUAAAGGCCAUGGUGAGUGUCCGACCCCAGAGACCACAGAGAUGUUCAUCCGCCUGUGUGAGCACUUCAUGGAAAAGACUCCCACUGAGCUGAUCGGUGUUCACUGCACGCACGGCUUCAAUCGCACCGGCUUUCUGAUCUGCGCCUACCUGGUGGAGAAGAUGGACUGGAGCAUCGAGGCUGCGGUGGCUGCCUUCGCCCAGGCACGGGCCCCCGGGAUCUACAAGGGCGACUACCUGAAGGAGCUGUUCCGUCGCUAUGGCGACGUGGAGGACGCGCCGCAGGCCCCGCCCCUGCCGGAGUGGUGCUUCGACGAGGACGAAGAUGGCGCGGACGAUGACGAUGGCGGUGGCGGUGCGGUCGGGCAGGACUCCGGGCCCAGCUCCUCAGGGGCAGCGCCGGGGAAGAAGAAGAAGGAGCGGCUAAAGCUGGGUGCCGUGUUCCUGGAGGGCGUCACGGUGAAGGGUGUCACCCAGGUCACCAGUCAGCCCAAGCUGGGCGAGAUCCAGAGGAAGUGCCAGGAGUUUGCCGAGUGGGAGAAGUCCGGUUUCCCAGGUGCGCAGCCUGUGUCCAUGGACAGGAGGAACCUGCGGUUUCUGGAGCAGAAGGCGUAUAAGGUCAGCUGGAAGGCUGACGGCACACGGUACAUGAUGCUGAUCAAUGGGAGGAAUGAGGUCUACAUGAUCGACAGGGACAACUCGGUCUUCCACGUGGAGAACCUGGAGUUCCCCUUCCGGAAGGAUCCGCGCAUCCACCUCUCCAACACGUUGCUGGACGGGGAGAUGAUCAUCGACAAGGUGAACGGACAGCCCGUCCCGCGCUACCUGAUCUACGACAUCGUCAAGUUCAACGGUCAGCCUGUGGGUCAGUGUGAUUUCAACAUCCGACUGCUUUGCAUCGAGAAAGAAAUCAUCUUCCCCAGGCAGGAGAAGAUGAAGAACGGGCAGAUCGACAAAACCAGAGAGCCUUUCAGCGUCAGGAACAAGCCAUUUUUCGACAUCCACGCAUCCCGAAAGCUGCUGGAAGGAAGCUUCUCCUCCCAGGUCAGCCAUGAGGUUGAUGGCCUUAUCUUCCAGCCUAUUGGGAAGUACAAACCCGGGAGGUGUGACGACAUCCUCAAGUGGAAGCCUCCCAGCCACAACUCGGUGGACUUCCGCCUCAAGAUUGCCAAAGUGGGCGGGGAAGGGUUGCUCACUCAGACGGUGGGAUUGCUGUACGUUGGCAGCUACGACAGACCCUUCGCACAGAUGAAGGUGACCAAGGAGCUGAAACAGUACGACAACAAAAUCAUCGAGUGCACAUUUGACAACAACACCUGGGUGUUUAUGAGACAGCGGAUCGACAAGAGCUUCCCCAACUCCUAUGACACAGCGAUGGCUGUGUGCAACAGCAUCCAGCAUCCCGUCACGAAGGAAAUCCUCUUCGAGUUCCUGGAUCGCUGUGCCCUGGGAGCACAAGGACAGACGCGCAAGCACCCGCCGGACCCCGACGCCGAGCUCAUGCCCCCCCCACCUCCAAAGAGACCCAACCGGGCCAUACCAUAGGGCAUCUGACAGCGGGGGCGGGACUAAUCGAAGAGUGACAGACUGAGGGGCAGGGCUUAUCCUUAACAGGAAGUGGUCCACUUCCUCCUUCCUCCUCCAGCGGCCCUCUUCCCCCCAGAAAACGGACAUUUAAAGCUCCCUGAACACAGACUGUUUGUUUAUCAGCCUACUAG